AAAGCCUGAGUGGAUACCUGAUACGGGAGUCUCUAUGAAUUCAUCACUGCCACCCUCCACUUCUCCCCAGAAUUUCCACUCCGAACCAGAGAGCAUCACUAUUCAGAAACAGAGGAAAGAACUGCAGCUGUUAAUUGUGGAGCUGAAAGACCGUGAUAAAGAGCUCAACGAAAUGGUCGCUGUGCAUCAGAGGCAGCUGCUGGCUUGGGAGGAAGACCGUCAAAAAAUCCUGACUUUUGGGGAACGGUGUAGCAGGACAGAGAACGAGCUGCACAAAAGGAACGAGAUGAUAACGACGCUGACCAAAAGGCUGAAGCUCCUCGAAUCUCAGCAGAGCGACAGGAAGAUGACCCUGGAGACUACCCAGAGAGAGCUGCAGGAGCUCUCUCGGAAAGCGACCGACACGUCGCUUCACUGCCAGGCUCUUGAGGAGAAGAAUCAGGCUCUUAACUGCUCUGUGAUGGAUCUCUCUAACAAAGUGGGGCACCUGCAAGCCAGAGAACAGGAGCUGCUCACCAUGCUACAGUUAAAGGAUGACGAUAUCCUUGAAGCGACCAAUUCCAUUACUGAAUUUGCCUCUAAAUUAAAAAUGUUAGAAAGUGCUCUGCGGGCAGCAAGGAUGGAAGAAUCGAGCACUAGCAAGGAAAAGCAGGAUAUUAAACUCAGGCUGAAAGAACUGAUGUUGGAAAUUGGCAAGGUAAAAGAUGACCUCAGUGAAAAAACAAAAGAGAACAAUGAACAGAGGGAGGAUAUCAUACGGCUCAAACAAGAAAAUAAUUAUUUAAAAAACGAAUUGAUGUUUUGUGCUGAAAGAGCAAACCGAAAAGAUCACCUCCUUCAGUCUGCAAAAUCCAAGCAACUAAGGACUGACACAGAGCUGAGCAAUUUGCGACAGAUCUACAUGAAGCAGCAGCAGGACCUGCAGUUUCUGCAUUUCAGCAUGGAAAGUUCUCAGGAAACCAAGCCAAAACCCAAGAAGGAGGCCCACAAAGCAAGCAUGGAGAUGGCUUUGUUAGAUCUCGAAAACAGCAGCAACAGAGAGACAGUCUGUAGCGAAAUCUGUCAGAAGACUCCUCCCCGGUCGGUGCGCAUUCCCAAAAGCAGCUCGCAAAGUACGUGCCCCAUUUGCAAAGCUAAGAAUAGGCAGCAGGCACAGCCCUCAGGCUCCGAGGAACGACUCUCGGCAAACAUGGAUCUGUUUCAGGAAGGGACGUUUGGCGGUUCGGGAACUCUGCCCAGGCAAGAGCAGAAGCGGGAGAGCCCCUUGAGCGUGGGCAGAGCAGAGAGCAGACCUGCUUCGCAAGCAGACAGCACCUGGAUGAUGGACAGUGGUGAAUUUGCUCGGGCGUCCGAGCGAAACCCUAUCGCCUCCCUGCCUAUCCACGAGCACUGGCUGGGCCUGGAUUCCUUCACGGAGCCCACAAAUGGCCACGGCCCCACGUCGAAGCUCUCUGACAAAUUUGACCAGGGUCAUCAUGCCACAGAGGCAGAUCCUGUUGGAAUCUCGAGCGGGCAGAGUCCCCUGAACUCUCCCCGUCCGUCCGUGGUUCUGGAUGCCUCCUGCUUCUGUUGCUGCUCUGUGAACAGAACCUUGCGGUACCAGCCCGUUACGGACCGAGAAUGGAUGCGGAUUUUCAAGCCGGCCAAAGCAGGAGACAUGCGGCACAGAGCACUUUUCAGCAAUCCCCAGGCUAGUUGCACCAAGGCAGAAAGCAGCCAUGACGUGGAGCUGACUUUGUCGGACUUGGGCGCUCCCUGUUUGACGUCGACACAGAAGACAAGCAGGCCCAAGAGGCACGAGAAGCAAUUUGAGUUGGAUCUCUCCUCCAAGCUUGCGAGCGUCAUGGAUGUCCAGGCGAUGAAUGGAUGCUACCAUCUUGCCAUCCACCACGAUUCCUGCUCACCCACCUGUAAGCUUCAAAGACUGCUGGCAGAAUCCCGACAGAUGGUGGCUGACCUGGAACACAGCAACCUUCUCCAUGCCUCUCUUGGCUGCAGUCCAAAGGAGGGCAGCACCCAAGUGGCUGGGGAGUAUCCAGGGAUGCUGCCGGCUGCCGAGGAAAGCCAGAUGAAGCUUUCUCUCUUCUCCCUCUGA